CAUGUGUUUAUCCACAUUGAUGGCACACAACCACCCUUGUAUGUUUGUAACUGGUGUGGUGACGUAUUUCCAAAUAAUGUUAGUUUGAAAAAACAUUUGAGAAUGGGUGAGAAUUAUCAUGUCUUAACCGAUGGCAGCCAUGAAAAGAAUGGCUAUAGUGAUGAGCAUCAAAGCAGUAUCUUCUUGGAUAGUGAGCCAGAAGUUUCGAUUAUAGGACACAAUGAGCAGUCUUCAUAUAAGGAAACUUGGAAAGCUACAAAGAAGUCUUCUAAUGAAAUGUGUAACACACACAUGACAAAUGAUGCAGAGAAAUCAAGUGAUUAUGUAACAUUAUCUAUAGCUGUUAAUGUCAGUGCCCAAACUAAUGUACUUACUGCAAACAGAACCCACAGAUGUGUUAUUUGUGGCAAAUUGUUUGCUAGCUCACAUAAUCUCAAGAGACACACACUCACACAUGCCGGGAAAAGACCUCACAAAUGUGAGAUUUGUGGGAAAUCUUUUGCUUCCUUAGACUAUCUCAGAAAACACACAUUAAUUCACAAUGGAAAGAAACCGCACAAAUGUGAAAUUUGUGGGAAAUCUUUUAUUGUGUUACGCAGUCUGAAGACACAUAUUUUAUUUCACACUGGAAAGAAACCGCACAAAUGUGGGAUUUGUGGGAAAUCUUUUACUGUGUUAGGCGAUCUCAAGAAACACACAUCAAUUCACACCGGAAAGAAACCUCACAAAUGUGGUAUUUGUGGUAAAUUGUUCGCUAGGUCAGGUGAUCUCAAGAGACACACUUUCCUACAUACCGGGAAAAGACCUCACAAAUGUGAGAAUUGUGGGAAAUCUUUUGCUAAGUCAGACUAUCUGAAGCCACAUUUAUUAAUUCACACUGGAAAGAAACCGCACAAAUGUCAAAUUUGUGGGAAAUCUUUUACUGUGUUACGCAGUCUCAAGAGACACACAUUAAUUCACACUGGAAAGAAACCGCACAAAUGCAAUAUUUGUGGGAAAUCUUUUGCUAGAUCACGUUGUCUCAAGAGACACACAUUAAUUCACACUGGAAAGAAACAGCACAAAUGUGAUAUUUGUGGAAAAUCUUUUACUAUGUCAGACCAUUUCAAGAGACAUAUAUUACUUCACACUGGAAAAAGGCCUCACAAAUGUGAGAUUUGUGGAAAAUCUUUUACUAUGUUAGGCGAUCUCAAGAACCACACAUCAGUUCACACUGGAAAGAAACCUCAUAAAUGUGGUAUUUGUGGCAAACUGUUUGCUAGGACAGGUGAUCUCAAGAGACACACAUUCAUACAUACCGGGAAAAGACCUCACAAAUGUGAGAUUUGUGGGAAAUCUUUCGCAAAGUCGGGCUGCCUCAAGACACAUUUAUUAAUUCACACUGGAAAGAAACCUCACAAAUGUGGAAUCUGUGACAGAAGUUUCACUCAAUUGGGUACUCUGAAGAAACAUGCAUUACUCCACUUCAGAAAGCAACUACAAGGAAGUGUUAGUUCAAGGAAAUAGGCAUCCCUGAUUGGUGCCCUCAGGACUUAUAAAAUAAUGGACGUAUC